UCUCGGCAACCAGUCGCUUCCCAACAGUCGCGCGCCUAGCGUCCACGCAACCACGCGGCUAGCGCUCGCGCAGCGUGAAAACAUACAGUUAAAUAGUGCGUGCUAGUGACCUGUGUUGACGAUACAGUGCAUACCGGCAUAACGGCAUACCUCUUUUUAUUCAUAGUGCUAAGUGUAUAAUGCGGCUGUCGCGAUGAGGGUGUGCGCACGCGCAGUGGCGCUGUGGUGCGCGGCGGUGCUUGCCGCGCGCGUCGCCGGUUAUACCGUCGACUGCAACCACGAGUAUACUGACUGCGAUACUGAACUCAGUAAACUGACAGGCGAAGAAGAGGAUUUAUUUUCGUUAAAAGCAUCAGCAACACAAUCAACAGAUGGUACUACUUCAACUACCACUACCAGCACUACAAGUUUACCAACUCGAUCUACCCCAAAGAUAGAAGAGAGAACAGAAAACAAAACAGAAGAAAUAACCACCACAGAAGUUCCAGAAGAAACAUCAGUUAAACCUAAGCCUAGAUUAUUAAAUUUAAAUGUAGACGAGUUGCAAACAUUUGCGAAUGCUUUACAUAAUCAGAGCAACCAGAAUGAUCCUAAAAAGGUUCUGCCCGACCUCAGUGAUGUUACAUUAGAUGGAGAUGAAGAUGAAGAACCAAAAAUGCACACAGAAGCAAAACAUAAACAGAUAUCCGAUAAGUUUUACUCAAAUCUGCAAGCGCCUUUUCAUCCUCUGCUAGGAGUAGAUAGAGCGUCUGGAGAAGUAGAAGUGUGUAAAGAGAAUGAAGUCACUUACAAGAUCGGCGAACGAAUUGAUCGAGGCUGCGAGGAAACGUGCGAGUGUUCGUCAGGCGGCACCUUCGAAUGUUCGCCACGCUGCAAGCAUCCCUACAUCCGGCGUGGCAGGAGAUUGAACGACCCUCUUUGCUUCGAAUCUCCAGUAGACGAGUGCUGCUCCAUUAUAGCAUGCGCCACUGGCAACGGUGAUAUGAAACCUACGAAGCUGGAAGUGUGUCGAUACGGGAACGACACAUACCCAGUGGGCGCACAGUGGCACAUUGGCUGCGAGCAGACCUGCACUUGUGAGAAGAACUCUAUUGUGACUUGUAAGCCUCGAUGUGAGCGUCAUCCACCUUCAGAUAAAUGUAUCAACGUGCAGGAUCCAAAUGACGCGUGCUGCGAGGUUCAAGUCUGCGAUGUCUCACAGGACGUGCACGAGGAGCCAGAAAACGUCACCAGUUCUAGCACAUCUACUACUGAGACCACGAGAUCGUUCGAAGAUUAUCAAGAGGAGCAGUUCAAAACCACAAUGAGGCCACUCGUGUUACCUGAACCAAUCGGGUCAGUGAAGGUGCUACAAAACAACACAGUGCAAGUGAAUCUGAUACACAUGAACAACACCGAAGAUCCUAUACACUUACUACUAAGCAACGAUAAUGGGAAAUCUUUUAAAGACGUAGAACUGACCUACUCUAACUUAAUACUGAACUUGGAAGGUGGGAAGGAUUAUAUUCUGAAGACCAAAGAAACAGGAACGAAGUUCAAUUUUACGAUAACAGCAUCUGAUACCGGAGCUAAUGAAGUUCCAGACGAGGAUAUAGCUAAUUCAACCAAAGUUGGGUGCUAUCAAGAUGGAGUAUUUUAUGCUGUUGGUGAGGAGUUCCAUAUCAGCUGCACAGAACUCUGUGAAUGCACUGGUCCUGACACUCACGAGUGUGUCGCCCUGGUGUGCCCCUCACACGUGGGUUUGGAGCUGGUGUCUAAGGGCUGUGUGAGAUGGGCGCCCAGCCCUCCAGCUCAGCCGCCCAACUGCUGCCCGCGGUCUGCCAGGUGUCUUAGCGAUGGGACUUGCCAUUAUAAUGGAGUGCCGAUACCAAACUGGAGUGAAGUGCCAAUCUCUCUGACUGGCUGUGAACAACGAUGUUUCUGCGAGAAUGGCGACUUAGAGUGCCAGGAGACCUGCUCACCUUUGCCCCCUGUCCCUCCUCAGUCCCUUAGAUGCCCUCCCCUACAUAGACCAGCCCCUGUCAAUAUAUCCGACGAUGACUGUUGUAAGCAGUGGGGAUGUCUGCCGAAUAGUAUUGGUAAGCAAGGAAAAAAUUAUGACAUGCCCUUUAAAUACGUGACACCAAUCGCACCACUGUUACCGACAGUAUCUACAUCUGUUCUGCCCACUCCACCAAUCACGACUGACCCCACAGAAUUCUAUCGCCAUCUUAGCCCAAUCAAAACGUUCCCAAAAUUUUUAAAACCACCUGCACCUAUGUUUAACGACAUUUCGAAGUACUCUAUAGAAGCACCACGAAAAUCAUCGCAUGGUGAUAAUAUCACUGUGUUCACUUUAGAAGACGUUGAAUCACCUUUCAAAAUUAUUCAUCCAGAUCCGUCACUAACUAGCAACAACAAUCACUGGAUUCCCAAUGAUCAGGUCUUAAGGCCUAACCAAAUGUUGCUGGAACCUAUCAAAGUACCUUUAAAUCUUGCACAAACGAUACAGCCUUCAAAACAGAAAUACAAUAACUUCGUUUUAUCAGAUCAUAAAAUGCAUGAUCAUAUCCAAAAUUCUAAAAUUCACCCAGUAGACGAAACUAAAUACGAGCCCUUUAGAAAAGUGCCUAUUUCUAAAGUUGAUCGUUUUAAUUAUUUUUUACCGAGUUAUGAUAAGAAACCUUCAAUGGCUCCAUAUAAAACAGUUGAGCCUAAAACUACCACUGCUCCAUUUUAUCCGACGAAAACCUUUUUUGAACCAAUUCAAAAUCAAACCACUGAUGGCGAGCCUUCAAAAGAAUUCCCCAAUUUGAGUUCCCAUUCAAGUAAUGCCCGAGACCACCCUUACCAUAGUUCCCGUGGUAAGCAUGUGACGAUACUUAGGACGAAAGACUUGAAGACAAGACCUAGUGACAAUAAUUUGUGGAGUCAAGAUACAAAGACGCACGUUUUGACAAAAGCUCCAAAUCCUUACGAGACUGUUCUGUUGCGACCGGUGCCUAACGUUAGAACUGAAGUAACGUCGAAUUACAAUCACAAUGCGAAGAUUCCUCGGAUCGCUGAGAAAACAUACUCGGCAUUAGACUUAGAACAUCUCCUGAGUCAGAUGGAAGUGGAAUCCGAGGUGAAUAGGAAUCUUGGACGGUCGGCGGACAGAAACCGCGACGGAACAGCGGCAGGUCACCAAACUCCAGCUACAGAUACGCCAACACAUUCAACUCAUCCUCAACAGCCCUCUUUCUUGCCCACCAUUCCUCCUGACCUGCAUUUCCCUCAAGAGGACAUUCCAGACUACGAUCAGAACAAUAUCCAUCGACCGGUGAACUCCUUGCCUGGUCUGCCGCCAGGCUUGCACUUGCCAACGAACCACAUAGAUGAUAAUAAGAAGCUGUCAGUCAUUUCACUGCAAGGAGACUCACCGACCAGUGUGAUGAUGCUGUUUGGACUGCCUCCAGUACUGGUGGGCUUGCGAGGAAGUGUGGACCUGCGAUAUACUGAUAAAGCGGACGAAGAUAUAACGAACUGGUAUUCACAAGUGUUCGCUCCUGCUGACGAGGUGCUCACAACUCCUCGACUGGAGUUCAGGCUCACAGGGCUGAAGCCUUCCACCACGUACAAAGUACGAGGCAAGCUGUACUUGCACAACCUUCCCGUGGAACCUGAGAGCGAGAUCUAUACUGUGAGGACUUUGGACUUGCCCACGGUGGCUCCAGCCGAAGAGAAGCGCAGAGAGAUCGACAGUCAACUAACUGUUGUGGACGUGAACGAUACAGUGGCACACGUCAGUUGGAGGCACUUCGCUGAAGAAGAACUGCAGUUCAUCGACGGCAUACAAGUCAGAUACCGACCGGUAGGAACGCCCAUCUACAGCAUGACAGAACUGCUCCACCACAGUCGAUCAGCUGCGGAACUGCACGAUCUGCGCCCUGGAAGUCGAUACGAAGCCUCUUUGGUACUCAUCCCUCCUCCGAGGGCCACUACAGAGCUUCAUGACCCUGGAGUUGUUGAGUUCACGACAUCGCCUUAUGUUGAUCCGUACAACUGGACAGUGACCAUAGAAGCGCGCGCAGUGGGUUCAGAAGCAGCCGAGCUGACGUGGCGAGGAGUUCCGUCUCCCGCUGAACGCUGGGUGCGGGUGUACCGCGCGGCCCACGCGUGCGGCCAGCCCGCCACUCGUAGAGAGCAUGACGCCUUCCGACUGGCUGCCAGGGACUUGCCUCCAGCUGUGACGCUUACUGGUCUGGAGCCUGAUACUAGAUGUCGUGUCUGGCUAGAAUUGUUCCUGACUAACGGAAAAGUGAAGACAAGUAAUGUUUUGGAAAUCACAACAAAAUCUCUGGACUCACCAGAGCCUAUUGACAAUGAGAUAGAAGCAGCAUCAUCAUCAAUCGCCAACAGCCGCGGCAGUCCUCGCGGGGACUACUACGGAGCCCUAGUAGUAGUAGGGGUGGUGGCAGCCCUAGGGGCGCUGACGUCACUACUGCUGCUACUAGUAGUCGUGAGGAGGCAUCGACCUCGCUCCGUGCCUAUUACACCUGUGCCAUCCGCUCCUCGCGAGUCCUCGCUGCCGCCAUACGACAAUCCUGCGUACAAACUAGAGUUACAACAGGAAACUAUGGAUCUUUGACAGUUAAGCUCCCGUGGGCACGCCAAUGGCCUCAACGGGAUAUCAGAGCGCGGUGUUGACGUCCCGAACGGACGAACAUACAACGAGAUGGGCGUAUAAGCCAUUGUACACAUGUGACAGAGCUGUAGACCCUGGCUAUACAGGAGUAGCAGUGGGAACGACAGGUGGGAAAAUUCCCGAAAACAUGUGACAGGACGGUGCCAGUGAGUGUACGCUAGAACUCAGAACAGUGCUAUGUCGAUAUUUUGUUAGGCGUUUCUAGAUUAUCUUUAGUAUUUUCUACACUUGUGAUGUAGCCUUUUCAUAACUUGAAAACCUUUCAGAUCUCUUUGUACGGAAAAUGUGAAAUCUUAUUUAUGUGACUCUUCUAUUUUUAGUCUCAUUUCUUAUUUUUUACGUUAGUUGUAUAACAAAUACUCGAAACUACGAAUUUUUAACUUCUCGAUUUGAUAUUAUUUAAAAUUGAAGCAAAAUAAAAAUAAUUAUUUAAUAGUUCCUGUAAUUAAUACAAAUCAGUGAACUAUGAAAAACAAGAAAUGAGUGCCUUAAUUAAUGUAUAAUAAUUAAAAUAAAUAAUAUUUACCUACCUUGUUCUUUUGUAAAUAGUGUUAAUAUAGGUAGUUAAUUAUUUGUUUAAAAUGGUGAAUACAAAUAAUUUGUAAAAUAAUGUUUUUUACUGACACUGAACUG